GAUCUACCUUCAUUUCGUAGCUUAAUUUAGUCUCGCCUUGCACCCAUGGUUAUUCAUGCGCAAAGAAAGAACUCGGGAGCAUACGACAACAGAUGUCUCUAUAUAACAGUUCACUUAGCGGGUGGCCAUGGCUCUCUCAGCCAGAACCAAGUACUAAUAUCCAGCCUCUCACACCGAACCUCCAGAUUAAACAACUGAGCCCAUCCUCAAACAGAAGCAGACACACAUCCCAAACAUGAUGCUUGCAGCAUUCGAGAUCCUUGCCAUCUGCGAGCUGAUCUUCUUCUUCCCGGCUUUCCUGGUUUCCAUUGCCGUCGUCUACAAGCAUGGGGCUGGCAAGCGACUCGGAUGGCGAUUCCUAGUCAUGAUCUCCUUGUUCCGCGUAGUCGGAGCUAUAUGCGCAAUAGUCCUUGUCGAAAGUCCAUCAAGUGGUGUCACCAUCUCAUACGACAUCAUGAACAACUUUGGGCUUUCUGCAAUCAUCUACACUGCCCUGGGGCUACUGGGCCGCGUUGAAGCAGGCAUGGAAGGCCACGGACUCCCUUUUCAGCUUUUCCGCGUACUCGGACUGCCAGGACUGGCAGGGCUCGUCCUCAGCAUCGUUGGCGCUACCAAUCUCUUGGGGGACAACCCCUCCAAUACCUCCUCAGGUUUUGCGGAACUCAAAGCGGCGGUCAUGCUUUUCUUGGCCGUUUAUGUGGCAGACAUCUUUAUCACAGUCCACGGGUUUCUCAAGGCUGUACAUGUGAGAGCUGGAGAGCGCCGGCUACUCUAUGCAGUUUUGGCGACCCUGCCAUUUAUGGCUGUCCGCAUGAUUUAUUCGAUCCUCUCCGUUUUCGCAAGCAGACCCAAGUACUUCAAUUCGUGGAGUUUGGAGUGGAGUGCAAUACUGGUUCGUGGCUUGAUGGGAGUUCUUAUGGAAGUCAUUAUCGUCACCCUAUUCAUCAUUGUGGGCUUUGUGACUGCUGCUGUCGUGCCAAAGCCAGCACCUGUCAGAGAUGGGAAGGUCUCUCCGCCACCGUAUGAUUUGAAAGAAGGCAGCGCUUGAACAGAAGCUCAAUGAGAUUGGGACGGCGACGUCAAGUUGUCAUCCAAGAUCAGAUGUGCCCGGGUGUGAAGAACAGAAGUUGCAGGAUUCGCUUAAUGGCGAGAUGUUAGCC